ACAUGUUGUUUCCCACACUCGUCAUCUGCAACAGAUCUGCAGCACUGUCACACUGUCUGACACACACACUCUCACGGAGCGCCUGUCUUGUUAACAUGGAGAGAGAGGGGCGGUUAGUCCAGUCCAUUUACUACGGGAGGAUUGGAAGUGAGGCCACAGAGAGGCUGCUGGAGAGGUUUGGACAUGAUGGCAGCUUUUUGCUGAGAGACAGUGAGACCAUGCAGGGAGCCUACUGUCUGUGCGUGAGGUGAGCUGUGAGCAUAGAUACGAAGGAAUGUUACUUUAUUCUAUUCUCAACCUGAUCAAAUAAUCUGUGAUCAUUUUAGUGGCAUCAGCAGAUGCCAUAAGUUUAAAACGCUAGAUUUUAUAUAAAAAUGCUAAAGACUAUAGCCUUGUGUUGAUGAAAAUCUCCGCAGGAGUCAUGUUUGAUACACGGUACCAUAUAUAGGUCGACUCAGUGAAACUUUUUUUUUACAAAACGGACGGCACAAAACUCUUCAUCUUUAUUCUCUUCAUCUUCAAAAAUCUCACUCAACCCUGAAGAAACUCAUUUUCUCUACAGUUUUUUGUUGUGAUACCACACUUUUUCCAACCUGAAUGCUUUAUAAUAAAUAACAGAGUGAUAUCUAUGAGUUGAUCAAGUAAUUUGUAUUUGUAUUUUAUAUUUAGGCCUUUUUGGACAAAGUGGAUAACUGGCAACUUCAUACCUUACUACCUCAAUGAGAUGAUAAUGAAGUAAAAUAAGUCCUCUUUUACGAUUUCGCUUACAGCCAGAUAUGAUACAUUACAGCUAUUUGCUGCUUAAGGUUUUACAAACGACAUAGAUAAAUUGAGGAACUUUUUCUGUUUAAUGAAUAAAUCUUGAUCGGAACAGAACUUGGUUAAAGCUGUAGGAAAAACAGUCACAGCAAAGAAGAGAAACUGUAAAGUUAAAUGAGAUUAAAACACUUCAGGAAGGUACAAGUUUCCUGCAGUUCAACUGUAGAAAUGUUAUGCACAAACAUGACUAAAUUAAGUUAAAUAUCUAUAUCUAUAGCUCUUUGUAUCUAUCUAUAUCUUUAUCUAUCUAUCUAUCUCUCUCUCUCUCUCUCUCUCUAUAUAUAUAUAUAUAUAUAUAUAUAUAUAUAUAUAUAUAUAUAUAUAUAUAUAUAUAUGAGCAGAUCAAAAUUUUAAGACAUUUUUUGCGAGUGACCAAUAACCAAAACUGAAAAAGAGCACAUUAUUGCACAUUUUUUGUGAAGAAGAACAGAGAAAGAAAACCUCCAGUCUAAUUACUGUGAUAAAAAAAAAACAACAGCAAUCAUUUAAAUAAAUGGGGAAAAAAACCUUUAUCAAUUGAUCUGUAUUCAGAUCAUUGAGGAACCACUAAGGUUUGGUUUAAUCUCAAAUGCAACCAAAAUCAGAAGCUAUCUACCCAACGUCUUCAAACACACAUCCUUGUGAAGCUGAAACUAAUACGUGCACAUGUGCAGGUUCAGAUUUCACACAUUUACAAAAAACUGCUUAAACCUGUUUAUGAAUUGCUUCACAGGAAAGCACCCUUUGUGCACACCUACAGGCUCGUAUGCUCCACCAGUGGUUGGUAUCUUCAUCUUCAGGUGAGUCACUCUGCAUGCUGAAACACACCCAGACAUUCAGAUGCAUGUGUAAUUACUUUUGUGUGUUUGUGUGUCUGUGAUAAGCAGGAUUCAGGGGUCAGAUGGCAGACUUUCAGGACACUUGAGGGACUGAUCGAGAGCUACAGACGGGCGCCCUCAAACAUCAGAAUAGCACCUCUUACAGAUGCACUGGACAAAACACAGAUACACAACAUGAGCUCUGAGCAAGGUAAUGCACAGAAAUACAGACACAGACACAGACAUACAAAUGUAAAUCAUAACACAUAAACACACACAAAUGCUACACUACAGUCAGUGUUACUUGGGUAAAUGAGGAACUUUUUUUCCCUUUUGUAUCAAAUCAUACCAAAAAAAAAAAUAAUAAUAAUAAAACCUUAAAACCCAUGAUGAUUAAGUCUUUGACUGAAUGUUAUCAUACUAUACUAUUGACAGGUAGGUAGGUAGGUAGGUAGGUAGGUAGGUAGGUAGGUAGGAAGAUAGAUAGAUAGAUAGAUAGAUAGAUAGAUAGAUAGAUAGAUAGAUAGAUAGAUAGAUAGAUAGAUAGAUAGAUAGAUAGAUAAUAAUGACAACAGCCAUUUUGUUUCAAAAAUAACUUUAUGCUUCACGACCUAUUGAUUACUAUUAAAGCUCUUGUGACAUUUUUUUUACUACAUGAAAUAGACUGAAAGACAUAUUGAUGUAUCGUUUUGACACACAAAGCAAACAAGACCAUCACUGACAAGGCUGUUGGUUUUUAUAUUGUAAACCAGCUGAUCAGCUGAACAGGGAGGGUGAUAGAGAAAGGGAGAGAUGGACAGAGGUGAGACUGGUUGAGCUCACAUGGAGACCAAAGUAGGCGCAGACAGAAACUUCAUCACAGGAGCUUUAAAGUGGUCGUAUUUACACCUUUAUAUUUUACUAAUCGACAUAUUUAUUUAAAUGAAUGACAAAAUAAAAAGAGUUCAACCUUUCUUGGCUCAGAACUUUCCAAAUCAACAUACUUGUACUUUGAGGUAGGAUUUUCUCAUAUGUCUAUGGAUUUAAUAGACAAAGCUGUAUCUCUUUGUUGAUCUGUGUUUUCUAACAGGAAAUCUUAUCUUGCUUUGUUUUGGACAGUCAAUUGUUUCUCCUCUGAAAUGAAAAUAAAAGCAGUUUUGACUGCAUGCUGUUAAUAGCCUGUCUUACACCCACACUGCAGCAACAAGUUCUUGAAACAACUGUAAAGAAAUAAUCAUUUGUCUUUUCUAGGUCAUUUAGAGAUGUUAGUUUUUCUUUCUGUUUGUUGAAAAGCCACCUUAAACUCUGCACAGGGGCCAAGACAAAAAUAAAUAGAUAACUAAUGUGUGAAGGGAAAGUCAAACUGAACUUGUUUCUUAUUGAAGUAUCAGACCACAGUCUCCCCUACAGGCAAAUCUUUAUGCACACAUUAACACACAAGAAUACACACAAACAGGUGUGUUUAACUUUUGUGCUUCAUUGUUUCUUUCCAUCCUUGAACUCACUAUAAAAACUGAUGAUCUGCAGUCUGAACUUUGAUACAUUUUGAAUUUUGUUUACUCUGUUCACAGAGUUCAUUUACAUGGAAACAUGCAGCCAAGGCUCCAUCUGCUGAUGCCACAAACAACAACGACCUGUGUACUGACUGCCUGUAUCAUACUGGGUGAAAGAGCUGUCUGUAUUAUUGUCCUCUGUAUGGGUACGUCAUUUUUUUAUAGAAUUAGAAACAAAAAUUUUAAGUGUAUAGAUUUUUUUUUAUUCAUUUGGUGUCAAAGUGAGCAUGACAAUUGUUUAUUUUGGUGCAAGCUAGACGUGUGACUGUCUUCCACUGUGUGUUUUCACAGGUGUAUUCAGAUGUGUGAAAGGGUGGCUUGAGGUGUAAUAGACUGCUGCUUAACAGAGUUGUGAUCUUGUCUUGAUAUGUUUGUUUUUUUUUUGGUUUUUUUACAUACAUGAACUGUCUGAAUUGCUGUUUAUGUUUUGUCUAUUUGGGGAAGUAUGUCUUGAUUACAGUGAUGUAUCUGAUCUUUGUGGUUAACACACCUCUAUCUUAUCUAGAGCUCUGUCGCAGAAGAGGAACUGUGAGAGAGGUGAAUCAUCAAUUGUGGGCUAACCGUGUGACUUGGGUUCAUUCAGGUUUUACUUAAGCCGAGGUGAUAUUUAAUCCACAAACUGAAUUUUGGUUGAAGAAAGGGCCUUGCAAGAUUUUUGUUUUGUAAUUACAGAAAAUCAACACACUGGCAUUACACAGGGACUGAAACUUGUUUUCUCAGAAAUUCCUCCCUCGCAGUUCGUCUUGGGUGCAGAGCUAUAAACAUUACUCACUUUUGGUAUGAGUAACACAUUCUUAAAACACAGCCAAAUCCACUUUAUACCUUAAAUUUAAGAUUUUUUAACCAUUAGUAUAUUGAUCAACAUACAUUUUUGUGAUAGCAGUAUCAAUUCUACAACCUAAUUCAUUUAUCACCUUGUUCUGGCAAACAAAUACACUUCCAGUGAGCUUUUGUCUGUGAGUGAAUGUGUCAUUGUUUCAUGGUGUGUUAAAUACUUAAUUCUGACUGAUUAAAACCCCAUCGUUAAGUAAUUCAUUUAUCAGUGACAAUGUGUUUCCAGAAAGAACCUGAUCCACCAUAAAAAGACAUAAAAAUGAAAGAAUUAUGUAAGCCAAUCAUUAGAAACCAAUUCUGCCUGUUGCUACUGUGACAUAAAAUGUUGACAUCUGAUAGUAGGACCAGUAUGGGCAGUUCAUCAGAGUUCUGAUUUUUAUUUCAUAUUUCUGGGUUUAAACUUUAUGAUUGGAAUUCUGUUUUUAAUUAAGGUGUGAAUUCUAAAUGUCUAACUGUUUUCUCGAGAUAUAAAUGUUUUCCUAGAAUUCUGUAUAUAAAGUCAGAAAUUGUCAUUUAAACUCAUAAUUUUGAUAUUCAACUAAAAUUCUGGACUCUGAGAAUAAAAAGUCUGGGUUUAAAAUUUCUGACUUUAUUCACAAAAUUCUGAGAUAAGAGUCAAAAUUCAAACCUAUUCCUCAGAUUUUUUUUGUAAAAGCUCAGGGUUCUGAAAAUUUCCACCACAAUCCUGAGAAUAUAGUCAGAAUUCAGAAUUUAAACUUUGAUUAAAAAAUCAGAGUUUUAAUUUUUUAGAAUUUUAACUUUAAACUUAGAUUUGGGUUGAAAGUCUGAAUUGUUUAUUUCUUACUUGUCUUUAAAAUUCUGAGAGUACAUUUAGAAUUCCUACUAUUUUGUCAGAAUUCAGACUGUAAAUUCAGAAUUUCAAAUUAUUUCCCCAGAAUUAUGAGUAUAUAGCUAGAAGUUUGAAUUUACUCUCAAAUUUCUGACCUUUAACUUAAUUUUAGGAUUCUGGGGAAAAUGUAAAAAUUCUUACACUUUUUCUCUCUGAAUUCAAACUUUUAACACAGAAUUUUACAGAAAAUAUUGACUUUUAACUCAUUAUUCUGACCAAAAAUGUCAGAAUACGGACAAAGAAAUUAUACUGUUUAAAAUAAAUAAAAACAUUUUUAGCUUGUCCUUUUGUGGCACUAAUCUUUUUCUGCAUAAGUGUGUUGACAAAAUGAAUGAUAUAGAAUUGAGGAAGAGAAAAAUGAAGCAAACAAAUACCUCUCAAGGCUUGACAAGACCCCUUUGCUUUGGAGUCCUGUUCAGCCUGUCCACACAAACAACACAUUCACUGAAAAUCAUCCCUUGCUUGAUGUGUUCACCUUUUUUCAGUGCUGGUUUUAUUUAUAAAAUUGAUGCUUUAUUUACAUUUUUGCCACAUUAGCACCACAUCAUGUAAUGAAAAAUGUGUGUGAAUGUCAAAUAAACAGAUGAUAAAAUGUACAAA